UUUAUUGGCUGAUUAGAAGCGUGCGAAUUCCAUUUUCAAGCUGUUUCAAUCUAUAUCUGUGACUUAUUGUUUGAAGAUGAAAGUAGUUUUCGUUUAGCUUGAGCAAUGAUUUCUCGAGAAUAAGUUUGAAUGUUAUAGGGAAUUGCAGCUUUGUAUUUCUCUGGUCUAAACUUUGCGACACUGGUCCCUAAUUGAGAUGUCUACUCUGACCUUCAUUUUCUAUGUUGCUCUGGCAUCAGCAAUAAAUGGAGGGUUCGCAAAUGAAGAAGAAGAGGAAUUAAGCAUAGCCACAUUUAAUGCACAGAAUAGUUCAGUUAUGCUUGUCGAGAGAUCGGCAAAUAAAACAAUGACAGACCGAUGCCUGCCCGGCCUCUGUCCUUUACUAUACACGGGAAUCAUAGCCGACAAGGAAUUCUGCAACCGCUACAUAAAGUGCGAACUGGGCUUUGGAUUUCACCAUACAUGCGAUUCUCCAAAAAUGUUUGACGACAAAAGACUUGUAUGCGAUGACCCCGCCAAAGUUGAUUGCGGCACUAGGAAGAAAGAUUUAAAUGAUAAAGGAGGAGCAGCUCCUGGUGGUUGGGGAGGUGGCGGUGGAGGAGGAAUUGGAGGAGGAGGUGGAGGAGGUGGUGGCGGAGGAGGAGGAGAUUGUGGAGGAUCAGGAGGAGGAAAAGGAGGAGGAGUAGGGGGAGGAAUUGGUGGAUCAGGUGACGGAAAAAUAAAAGGUGGAGGGGGAAUAGGUGAGAGAGCUGAAGAAGGAGGAGGAAGGUAUGGAAAUACUGAGAAAGUAUACAAUUACGACUACAACUACGAGGAUAAUGACGAGAGUGCAAAACAUAAUAAGAAGAAGAGUAAGAAAGUAUUUAGAAAGAAAGGGAAGAAUGAUGGAGAGACUGGUGGAGGAAUCAUCAUCAGACAAGGAGAAGAAUAAUACUUCAAAGUAACAAAUAAAAAUAGAGAAGAAAAACAUUCUUAGCAUCGGCUGAUAUUACAGAUAAUUUUAUAGUAACAUCAAUGGGGAAUUUCUAGAAAUUUAAUUAUAUUCGAGUGAUAAAUAAAAUUCAUUGUGUUU